AUGACGCCUAAAGAAGUAUACGAAGAUCAAAAAACUUUGAGUGAAUGUGAGAGUGCACAUGGAAAAGAAAAGAUGCACAAGCAAAAGGAGAGCUGUGAGAAAAGCCAAGAGAGGUGUGCAAAUAGAGAGGAAAAAGGAGAGCAAGUAGAGAGGAUGCGCAGUGAGAAAAAAAUUCAUGAGAGUGCGCAUGCAAAAGGAGAUAAUAGUGUGCAAAGAGUGGCAAAAAAAGAGGUAAAAGGUAAUUUUUAUGCAAGAGGGAGUGAGGUUCGAAAGGCUUAUUUAACAAGGCAGCCUUUGAUACUAUUGGUAUUCAAGGAUGCGUGUUUAUCUUUUGAAUCUAACUCAAUUCUCUCUUCUCUCCCUAGUUCUUUUCAAGCUUUGUUGCAGGAAUUUGAAGAUUUGUUUCCUAAAUCCAUGCCUGAUGGUUUGCCGCCAUUGAGGGGGAUAGAACAUCAAAUUGACUUCAUUCCUGGAGCACAAAUUCCAAAUCGCCCAGCUUAUAGGAGCAAUCCCGAAGAAACAAAGGAGUUACAACGUCAAGUGGAUGAGUUGUUGUCAAAAGGGUUUAUUAAAGAAAGCAUGAGCCCAUGUGCUGUUCCUGUUCUAUUGGUGCCAAAAAAGGAUGGAUCAUGGCGUAUGUGUGUUGAUUGUCGCGCCAUCAACAAAAUCACUGUAAAGUAUCGCCAUCCUAUUCCUCGUUUAGAUGAUAUGUUAGAUGAAUUGCAUGGUGCACGUAUAUUCUCUAAAAUUGAUUUAAUGGCUGGUUAUCAUCAAAUUAGAAUGAAAGUAGGAGAUGAAUGGAAAACUGCCUUUAAAACAAAAUAUGGUUUAUAUGAGUGGUUAGUGAUGCCUUUUGGGUUAACUAAUGCUCCUAGUAUGUUCAUGCGCUUAAUGAACCAUGUUUUGCGUGAAUUUAUUGGUUAUGUUGUUAGCGAGCAUGGUAUUGAGGUUGAUAAUGAAAAGGUUAAGGCUAUUGAAUCUUGGCCUACACCUAAAAAUGGUCAAAACAAACUCAAUAAGCGACAUGCAAAGUGGAGUGAAUUUCUGGAAUCCUUCCCAUACGUCAUCAAAUAUAAGCAAGGUAAGGAAAACGUUGUGGUUGAUGCAUUGUCAAGAAGGUACACACUUCUUACUACUUUAGAUGCUAAAUUGCUUGGUUUUGAGCAUAUUAAAGAGUUGUAUGCACAUGAUCAUGAUUUUAGCAAUGUGUAUAAUGCAUGUGAGAAAGCUGCCUUUGAAAAAUUUUAUAAGCAUAAUGACUACUUGUUUCGUUUGAUUAAGCUUUGUGUGUCUAAGUGUUCUUUGCGUUUGAUGUUAAUUCGUGAAGCACACGAAGGAGGUUUGAUGGGUCACUUUGGCAUAGCUAAAACUUUAGAUAUUUUACAAGAGCAUUUUUUUUUGGCCUAA